AUGAGUGAACGCAAGACUAUCGACUUAGAUCAAGGAUGGGAUUUUAUGCUGAAGGGAAUAAAGAAGCUGAAGAAUAUUCUAGAAGGGCUACCUGAACCUCAGUUCACCUCUGAUGACUAUAUGAUGCUGUACACGACCAUAUACAAUAUGUGCACUCAGAAGCCUCCUCAUGACUAUUCCCAACCAUUGUAUGACAAGUACAAGGAAUCAUUUGAAGAGUACAUCAUAUCAACAGUAUUGCCUUCUUUGAGAGAGAAGCAUGAUGAAUUUAUGUUGCGUGAACUUGUGAGGAGGUGGGCUAACCAUAAAAUUAUGGUUCGAUGGCUUUCUCGUUUCUUUCACUAUUUAGAUCGAUAUUUUAUAGCGCGAAGGUCGCUUCCGCCGCUUAAUGAAGUUGGAUUGACUUGCUUCCGUGAUUUGGUUUACAAGGAAAUAAAUGGGAAAGUGAGAGAUGCCGUGAUUUCUCUUAUUGAUCAAGAACGUGAAGGAGAGCAGAUUGAUCGAGCUCUAUUAAAAAAUGUCUUAGAUAUAUUUGUUGAAAUUGGAAUGGGGCAAAUGGAUCAAUAUGACAAUGAUUUUGAAGCUGCCAUGCUCAAAGACACUUCUGCAUAUUAUUCUCGAAAGGCUUCAAACUGGAUCCUAGAAGAUUCUUGUCCUGAUUAUAUGCUCAAGGCUGAGGAGUGCUUGAAACGGGAGAAAGAUAGGGUUGCUCAUUACCUACACUCUAGUAGUGAGUCAAAGUUAUUAGAGAAAGUUCAACAUGAGCUUUUAUCUGUGUAUGCAUACCAACUUCUUGAAAAAGAGCAUUCUGGAUGUCAUUCAUUACUUACAGAUGACAAGGUUGAAGACUUGUCAAGGAUGUUCAGACUCUUUUCUAAAAUACCCCGAGGCUUGGAGCCUGUUUCCUGUAUAUUCAAGCAGCAUGUUACCGAAGAAGGUACAGCAUUGGUGAAGUUGGCUGAAGAUGCAGCAAGUAACAGGAAGGCAGAGAAAAGAGAUAUUGUUGGCUUACAAGAGCAGGUUUUUGUUCGAAAAGUGAUUGAGCUGCAUGACAAGUACCUGGCAUAUGUGAACGACUGUUUCCAAAAUCAUACUCUAUUCCACAAGGCUCUUAAGGAAGCUUUUGAGAUUUUUUGCAACAAGGGUGUUGCUGGAAGCUCAAGUGCCGAACUGCUUGCCACUUUUUGUGAUAAUAUUCUCAAGAAAGGAGGAAGUGAAAAAUUGAGUGAUGAAGCAAUUGAAGAUACUCUUGAGAAGGUUGUCAAGCUACUUGCCUAUAUUAGUGAUAAAGAUUUGUUUGCCGAAUUUUAUAGGAAAAAGCUUGCUCGAAGGCUUCUUUUUGAUAAGAGUGCCAAUGAUGACCAUGAGAGGAGUAUUUUAACAAAAUUGAAGCAACAAUGUGGUGGUCAAUUUACCUCAAAGAUGGAAGGAAUGGUUACAGAUUUGACGCUGGCAAAGGAGAAUCAAACAAGCUUUGAAGAAUAUUUAAGCAAUAAUCCUAAUAUAGACCCUGGAAUUGACUUGACAGUUACAGUUCUGACCACUGGUUUUUGGCCUAGUUACAAAUCUUUUGACCUCAAUCUCCCUGCAGAGAUGGUUAGGUGUGUAGAAGUUUUCAAGGAAUUUUAUCAAACAAAAACUAAGCACAGAAAGCUUACUUGGAUUUAUUCCUUGGGUACCUGUAAUGUAAGUGGGAAAUUUGAACCAAAAACUAUGGAGCUGGUUGUGACAACUUACCAGGCUUCAGCACUGCUUCUUUUCAAUUCCUCAGAUAGACUGAGUUAUUCUGAGAUAAUGACUCAGUUGAACUUGACUGACGAUGAUGUUGUUAGACUGCUUCACUCCUUAUCAUGUGCCAAGUACAAGAUUCUUACCAAGGAGCCAAGCACGAAAACAAUAUCACCUACUGAUCAUUUUGAAUUUAAUUCCAAAUUUACAGACAAAAUGAGGAGGAUCAAGAUUCCACUUCCUCCUGUGGAUGAGAAAAAAAAAGUAAUUGAGGAUGUUGACAAGGACAGAAGAUAUGCUAUUGAUGCCUCAAUUGUUCGUAUUAUGAAGAGUCGGAAAGUUUUGAGUUACCAACAGUUAGUUAUGGAGUGCGUUGAGCAGUUAGGCCGCAUGUUUAAGCCCGAUGUCAAGGCAAUUAAGAAGCGGAUUGAAGACUUGAUCUCUAGAGACUACCUCGAAAGAGACAAAGAUAAUGCAAAUUUGUUCAAGUACUUGGCAUGA